CCAGCAUCCACCAUCCUUACCCAGUCCCUCAGACAUCCCACAGAGAAGAGUGACUUUACAGAGAAAACACUGACUCAGUUACUGCUGCCACAAAGAUGACUUCUGCUCUCUCUAAAGUGGUUCUUAACUGCAAGGACAACAAUGCGGCCCACAAGACGGAUAAUAUCUCUAAAAAGCGGCUGAUCGUGAGGCGAGGGCAGAGCUUCCAGCUCACGCUCCACUUCAGUGGCCAAAGCUUCAAUGCUAACAACUUGGAACUCACCGUCCAAACAGGACCGGAGCCCUCUGAAGACAUAGGGACCAAAUCUGUGUUUGGUAUCUCCGGGGAAAGUCAGUCAAUGAAGCCCUGGCUUGCUAAGGUCAAAAAAACUGAGGCUACAUCAGUCACCCUGUCCAUCAGUAGCCAUGACUUUGCCAGCAUUGGGAAGUACACCCUCUCUGUGAAGACACACCCUGAUAUGACCGAGGGAGUCAGCGCUGGGACCUUUGUCCUCCUCUUCAACCCUUGGUUGGCAGAGGACUGGGUGUACAUGGCCAAUGAAGAUGAGAGGCAGGAGUAUGUCAUGGAAGAUGAGGGCAUACUUUACCAAGGGACGAGUGACUAUAUUGGUGCAUUGGCCUGGGAUUAUGGACAGUUUGAAGAGGACAUCCUUGACAUUUGCUUGAAACUGCUGGACCUCAACCCCAAAUGUAAAGAGAAUGCAGCCAAGGAUUUUGCUGCACGAUGCAACCCCAUCUAUGUUGGCAGGGUGGUCAGCGCUAUGAUUAACAGUAAUGGUGACAGAGGCGUGCUCCAGGGCAAUUGGGGCAGUACCUUCACUGGUGGAGUGUCUCCAUCGCACUGGAACGGCAGUGUGGACAUCCUGAGGCGGUGGAGGGAUUCUGACUACCACCCUGUGAAAUAUGGCCAGUGCUGGGUGUUUGGUGGGGUCAUGUGCACAGUUAUGAGGUGCUUGGGAAUCCCCUCUCGUACAAUCACAAAUUUCCAGUCUGCGCAUGAUACUCAUGGAAAUCUGUUAAUCGAUGAAUACUUCACUGACAGUGGUUACGACCCUGACGCAAGCGAAGAUAGUAUAUGGAACUACCAUGUGUGGUUAGAAUCCUGGAUGAAACGCCCUGAUCUCCCUCUCCCUGAUCUAUCUUAUGACGGCUGGCAGGUUCUGGACCCCACGCCUCAGGAGCUGAGUGAAGGGGCAUACUGUUGUGGGCCAGCUCCAGUGACGGCUAUAAAGAAUGGUCACACAGACCUGAAGUACGACCUGCCUUUCGUAUUUGCUGAGGUCAAUGCAGACUGGGUUGGCUGGAAAAUCAUGGCCGACGGAUCAAAGAAGAAGUUCCAUACGAACACAUCGGCAGUGGGUCGGAACAUCAGCACUAAAUCAGUGGGCAGUGAUGAACGGAGAAACAUCACCGCAAGCUACAAGUAUCUGGAAGGUACAGAUGAGGAAAGGAAGGCGUUCAAAGAAGCGGUGAAGAGAACCAAUAAGCUGACAGAACCAGAGCCUGAGCCACCCUCUCCCCCUGCCGAAGUCUCAGUCGAGAUCAAAGAGAAGAGCAAGCCAAUGAACGGCAAGGACAUCGAGCUGGUGAUGCAACUGAAGUGCCCAAAUCAGCGAGAUCUGAUUUUCUACAUUUCCGCCCAGGUCAUGCUCUACAACAGCGAACUGGAAUCCGACAUCUGGAAUCAAGAGGGCGAAUUACAGUUACUGGCCAACAAAGAGCUGAUGUUCCCUUUCGUGAUUCCCUUCUCCAAAUAUGGGAGUCACAUACAGGGAAACAACAGCAUCAAAGUGACAGCAUUUGUCGCUGACAAGGAGAACGUUUUUGAGUUCUACAUGGCAGAGAGGAACAUUGUUCCUGCAAAUCCUCCCUUCGAAAUCUCUGUCAUAGGAAACCCUGAGCAGUACAAAGUUUCGGAGGCGAGAAUUAAUUUUGCAAACCCCUUGUCUAUGGAUCUGCAUGACUGCAAGAUAACCGUCUCUGGCAGCGGCCUAUUGAAGCAGCCUGUACAAACUGGGAUUGCAUUUCUGCCAGCAGGGAGGCAGAUCUUUGCCCGGCUUUUCUUCAUGCCAUACAAACCAAAAUGGAAGAACCUUAUGGCUACUUUGGAGUGUGACCAGUUCCAGGACAUCCAAAGCAGCUGCAAAAUCUUUGUUAAACCCUAUGUGUUCAACUAAAUGUUGCUUUACAGUUUCAAAAGUACAAUGUAGGUGUUAAAUGCUUAUCUUUGGUUAAGAUUAAGGAAUAUGGUAAGACAGGGAUCUUGUUUAUUUUCUGCAGCUAGGCUGAUAUUGUGCAGACUGCGAAGGAUUAUACUUGCUCCAUAUACAUACAUGUAUGUAUAUACUCCAUAUAAAAAUGCAAAGUCAGUCACCCAACAUUCUUACACAAAAUCAAUUGCUCGAACUCAAAUCAUGGGACACAAAAUCACACAAACGCUCUUAUACAAAAUCACAAAUCAACAUGCACAAACAAAAAAUAACAAACCCACAUGCUCUUACACAAAAUCACAUUAAUUCACUCAUUCUUACACAAAAUCACACAAACCCAGUUACACAACCACACAGUCACACAAAGUCAUACAAACCUACAGGCUCGUACACAAAAUCACAUGAAUCCACACACUCACACAAAAUUCCUACAAAAUUAUUCCUGCCGUUGAAGACGGCAUGAACCAAAACAUGUAUGCAUUGAAAAUUAAAAUACGCGUGAUUGCUUA